AUGCUUGAAUUUAGUUCUAUCAAGAGUUCAGAGGCGAUAUAUAAGUAUGAAACAGUGAAGAGGAUAUUGUAUCACAAAGAAGCUUCAACUGUGGACAUCCCUGAAAUAACUUUAGUUAUGAAGAGCUCAGACGAGAAAACCUUUUUCCUGAGGAUUUAUCCAGAACCUGCUCUGACUUUAGAGGCUGCAAAUGGAAAAUCUGCCAUGAAAGAUGGAGAACCUUGUGAAAAAUGGCCAAAUUUAAUGAAAGAAAUUCUUGAUCCACAGGGGUCGUUCCUUCCAAUGUGGAACAAAACACUAGUUAAAGAAGUUGACACAUCUGGGGCCUCUGAGGCAUCCAAAGUAGUUUCUUCAAAAGGAAAGAAACUAGUAAAGGAUGGUUUGGUAAGAGAAGCCUUAAAUUGUAGUAUUUGCUGCAUGGAGGCUGCAGAUUAUGACAAGAACAAAGAAAUUGUUGACCAAAUGUGA